AUGGUUUACACUAUUGUCGUCCACAUGCGCGCAAAGGCAGACAAGGAGUCCAUCUCCAAGCUGCACGCCAAGCUUCUCGAGGCCUCGGCCGUCUAUUCCAAGGACAAGGAGACUCUCUCCUGGUUCGUGAUGCAGUCCAUUCACGAUCCCCAGGACUUCACUAUCGUCGAGCGAUACGAGCAGGAGUCGUCGCAGGAGUACCACCUCAACAACCCCUACUGGAAGACUUUCGACCCCUACGUUAUUCCCCUGCUGGAGAAGGAUAUGGAUCUGCGCCGGUUUGAGGAGUUGGUUCCUUCCUCUGUCUAG